AACCCCCUCCGCGCAGCAGAUUAUCGGACCAAACCAUUGCUGCACUUCAGGUUUUAACACCUGUCACAUGAGGCUUUACAUUCGCAAAUCGCCGGCUAUCGCUGCAGCUAAGCGAGUUCAGUUUGCCACACUGCAGACGGACAUCGGACUCUGCCGUCCUGCAAAUGCUGCCACAGUGCAGCUCUCAGUGAGAUGAGCUUCCCAAAUUGCACCGACACCCCCAUUGUGCGACUGGCAGCAUCACCCACUGCCUGCAAUGCAAUGGCGUUGUAGCGGCUCUAGUUAUGUCCAAACGUUUCUAGUGGCGAUUCCGCUCCGGGCUGGCUUUUUACGAGCUCGGAAUAGAAAUGUUAUUUUCGAUAGCUUUUGCAAACAGACCAUCCGCAUUUCUCGCAAGUUUCCCCUCUGGAUUACAGUUUAUGUGUGCGGCGCGUCCAGCGAAGCCGGAGCCAUGAAUGUAUGAAUGGGCCUAAAAGAACUAUAACAACAGCUGGAUCAGACCGAGUGGCACUACUAGUAGAACAAGAUACCUCACUUCGGUGCUCUAAUGCGGCCAAGGCAAUGCUGACAUCUCCUCUGAAUCCAAAGGCAUCAUCAUGCUGAAAACGGAGGCCUCGGGGGAGAGGACCAGCCUCCGGAGUGCCUCCCCCCACCGUAACGCCUACCGGGCUGAGUUUCAGGCACUCAAGAAGGCCUUUGACCAGCCUCGGCUCGAUGGAGACUCAAAGCCCAAAGACCUCGAGCGGGUGAAACAACCGAGGGGACGCCAGUAUGGCACACACGUCAGUCGCAUUAAGGACAUGUUCAUGCAAAUGGGGUCAGAGAAUGCAGCUGCUAAGACCAGGGGUCGUGAUGAAUCCUCACCACAAAAGCUGGUGAAGCCCACGAACUUUGUCAAUAAGGCUGAUGGAUCAGUGAUAAAACUUCAGCAUUCCUCAUCAGCUGAAAGGAUUGGAGGUGCCGGGGCAAAGUUUUCCGAAACCAGAAAGCUAUUUGAACAACAGUCACGCGACCAGUCCCAAUCACCAGUCUUUCCCUACGGCCGUGAUAAAAGGGGUUCCCAUGAGCACCUCGAUGACUGGCGAGGGGCGAGGUCCAACCGAGGCAGUACAGACUCCUUGGAUUCUCUGUGCUCCAGAACAGAGGCAUCCUCACCAACUGUCAGCCAACUCAGUGCUGUUUUUGAAAACGCUGACCACCACAACCAGGGGGUUUCAUACAGAGGAGUCAGCAGACGAGCCCUCUACUCACCUGACGGAUUCCAGCGCCAUGGCGGAGACGUCAGUGAGGAUGAUUCUCUUCGACAAUCUCCAGUUCGUGGAACCUACCGGAACAGGAUGGGGGGCAAGUUACCCACAUCCUCGUCUUCGGAGGACCUCCUGAGCCCGAGUCCUGGAGUAGAGAUUUCUGAGCACAAACAAGAUGCUCCACAAAAGGAAGAAACCCAAGACAAAGCUGGAGAGGCUACAGUGGGAGAAGGACAGCAUUUUUCUGGUGCUUCCACCAAUGGAAACCAGAUUAAUGGUUCUUGUGAAGAAGAGGAGAAACCGCAGGACACAACAAAACAAACUGAGGAUCUAGGAACCUCCAAAUCCUCGAAACCUACACAUGGUGCUGUAAUUACAAACAAAGCUUUAGAGGAUACCACUCACGAGUCGCUGCCGACCACCAGGGAAAGCCAAGAGGACAGAGAUGCUUCAAAGGAAGAAAAAUCUUCCAAGGACCAGCUGGACGAGCCUGAUGAGGAAUACACUGGGAAUGAGCGGGUGAUUUUUAACGCAGAUGGGGACGCCUGUUACCAGGGUUGGGGGGAAAGUUGCACAGAUCCCGAGGAUGACCUCUAUGGUGAUGAUGACGAGGACAUUGUCUAUGACCCGGGGUCCGAUCUGACAGAGAUUCCUGGUCUGGCGGAAGAAAACAAAGAGGACAUCCCUCCGAAGAGGAAGAUUCGCUUCAGCAAUGCUCCUAUUACAGUGUUUAACACCUACUCCAAUGAAGACUAUGACCGACGUAAUGAGGAGGUGGAUCCCGUGGCCUCCUCUGCUGAGUAUGAGUUGGAGAAAAGGGUGGAGAAACUGGAGCUCUUCCCUGUGGAGCUAGAGAAAGAUGAAGACGGCCUGGGGAUCAGUAUCAUUGGGAUGGGUGUUGGUGCUGAUGCAGGCCUGGAGAAACUGGGCAUCUUUGUUAAGACUGUCAUUGAGGGUGGAGCUGCGGAGAGAGAUGGCAGAAUCAAAGUGAAUGACCAGAUCGUGGAGGUGGAUGGGACCAGUUUGGUGGGCGUCACUCAGAGCUUUGCUGCCUCAGUCCUCAGGAACACAUCAGGAGUCGUCCGGUUUGUGAUUGGCCGGGAGCGUCCAGGUCAGCAGAGUGAGGUGGCCACGCUCAUCCAGCAGACCCUGGAGCAGGAAAGGAGACAGAGAGAACUACUAGAGCAGCAGUACGCCCACUAUGACGCCGAUGAUGAUGAGCAGACGGGAGAAUACGCCACAGACGAAGAGGAGGCAGGAACAACAGUGGCAGGAGGAGAGAAGAGCAUCGAAGUGUUUGACUUACCGGAGACGGAGGAUAUCUUGUCUCCGUCGGAGCUGGACGCCACUAAACUCUACCAGAAGUUCAGAGAGCUCCAAAUCAAACACACGGUGACCGAGGCCGAGAUCCAGAAACUGAAAAACAAGCUGGCAUCAGUGGAGCGGGAAAAGCAGCGCUGGGAGAAGGAGAAGAGCCAGCUGAAGGCCAGCAUCGAGGAGAACAAGGAAAGGAUGUUGAAGCUGGAGAGCUACUGGAUCGAGGCACAGACGCUCUGCCACACCGUCAAUGAACACCUGAAGGAGGCCCAGGCCCAGUACCAGGCUCUGGAGAAGAAGUACAACAAAGCCAAGAAGCUCAUCAAAGACUUCCAGCAGAAAGAGGUGGAGUUCAUCCAGAAGGAGGAUGCAGAGAGGAGGCGGCUGGAGGAGGCUGAGAAAGCUCACCUGGCUGAGAUCCAGGGACUGCAAGUCAGGAUUGCAGCAUUAGAGUCGGAGCUAAUGCAGCUGAUGAAGCAGAACGGUAUCCAGGUCAACAACAACAACAGCAGCAGUUCUGAGAGGCUCAGCGCUCAACAGCACAGCCCGAGCCGAGCUGCAACACAAGCCAGAGACAUGAAGGAGGGCUCUCCCCACUCACCCAGCAAAAUAAAGGGCUAUGGAGGAGUUCCCAGAGACAGCAUCUGCUCCACAGAAGGAGAGAUCUCUGAAGGUCGUGGAAGUCAAUCCCACAGCCACUCUGGUCCGUUUCGUAGUGUGGCCUCUUGCGAUGGAGGAGUUCCAGCACUUAGGGUCCAGGCCAGUGCAGAGGGCUCCCCCAGAAAAACACUCCACGGUUCUCAGUCUCCGAGCCCCUCUCAUAGUUUGGAGGAGCAGAGACCAGCUCUGGACCCUGGGAAAACCAAAGUGAAGGACAAAGAUCCCAGAGCUUCACCUGGAAACAGCUCCACAGAGCCGUCAGCAGAGAACAGUCCAGAGUACCUCAAGGCAAAGGCACCCACUUUGUGCGAUGAUCUGAGUGCCAGCAGCAGCAGCUCAGUAGAGAUCAGCGGUCUGCUCAGUGAAGCCAAGAUGUCAGGACGCUCACACACGCUGGUGCUGUCCUCAGAUGAGAGUCUGGAUAUGAUAGAUGAUGAGAUGCUAGACGAGGGGCAGUUUUCAAAGCAGUACCAGUGGCAGAACCGCAGCAUUACCGAAUGGACUUCACAGCAAGUGGCCCACUGGCUUAUGGGCCUAAACUUGGAACACCAUAUUCCAGAAUUCACUGCCAAAAAUAUAGAUGGAGUGCAGCUGCUUCAGCUGAGCAGCGCUGAGCUCAAGGCUCUUGGGGUCACUGCUUCCCAGGAUCGAACACUGAUCAAGAAGAAGAUCAAAGACCUUAAAGUUAUGAUGGAAAAGGCCAAGAAGAACCAAGAAAAGAUGGAGAAACAGCGCGAAAAGCUGCGGAAGAGAGAGCUGGAGCAGCAGCAGAAAGAUGCACGUAAAGAAAGUGCGGCGGAGUGAAACGAGCCCCCAGAUUACCUCCCGCUUUACUGUAGCACCACAUCAAGUAGCAUCUCGCAGAACAGAACGUCAGCAGGCCCCACAAACGAACCCCGAGGGACGCCCGCUCAGUAGUUCUGAAAGGUGGAGCUCCACACCCAGCUGUCAGUUGUUGUUGAAUGACCUUUUCACCAACCAAAUGAAACCAAAAGUAUCAGUAGGAUAACAGAAUGGUGCCCUUCAUUUGCCUCAUUUUACACCCAUCCUGUGUUUUUAGCCAGAGUUUAUGGAUUCUGUUUUGCUGUUUAUAGCUGUAAAUUGAUUUUAUUUAUUCAUAUCCAGAGUGCGCCUGUGAAAAGUUAAUCUCUUUCACCUACCACAUCAUCUCCAGAGACUUCUCUUACCCAUCAUAGCACCUUUAGACAUAGACAUGUACAUGUACAGUGAUAAAUAAGGAUGUAGAUGAUGUGCCAUUUCAAUAGACUUAUGUAUAUCCUGCUCAAAUCGAUAGAUCAGUGGAAUCUCUUUAUGGCUUUUAUGAAGCACAUACAGUUCAGGUCUUUGUGUUGGAUUACAUGAGGCAGUGUUCAUCUCCCACCACCGGGUGUCCCCAUGCUGCUUACUUUCACUACUGAAUAAGGCAACACUGGAACUUUCCUAAAGGAAUUGAACUGGAAAUUAAAGAUUCACCGGGAGAAAUGAGCGAUCCGAUUUCUUGUAAGAACACUGGAAGUGCAACCACUGUAAAUUUGACCUGCGUACUGGCUUACAGUGCCCCUUACCGUAUACAUGUACCAUACUCAAGCCGUUUAAAGUAUGAAUGAUGAAGACAUACUAAACUGACUGGACUUGUUCUAAUAGAGAUUUCAGGUACUGUGUAAUUAUUACAUUUGUAACUUACCUAACCCGAACCACAAAAAACAGAAAAGUUGAUAAAAAUGAAACUUCUUGCUUAAAUGCAUAAUGUUGCUUUGACCCCCCCUUGUAACCUGCUUUUGACCUCUUUUUAUAUUCUCUCAGUAACAAAGUAAUACCUGCUGCUGCCUUUAGAAAUUUCAGCUUAGUAGAAUUUUUCCAAACUCUGCCCUCUUCUGUGCAAGUGUCAUGACACAUACGAUAGACUAAACGACGUCCUCAUUCCUGUCAUUUUAUUAUCUCCGAUGACCAAGCUUUGUCGUGCAGAUUUCUCUGGAAUGUCCUGAAAAUAACAUUUUGUAAUGCUGCCAUAAAGAUGCUUUGUGCGACACCUAAAGUGCAGAAACUGUCCUUAAAGAUGAUCUCACCUAAAACUUGUUACAGUGGAAUUGAACUUUACAGCCAGAAUAUAUUUUGGACUUUAUUCUGAAAUUGAUUCAUCAUUGUUGGAACGAUUUAGGUUAUUGUUUUAAGAUUUCAAAGCUCACCGAGAGACAUUUUGCCUGUGUUACUUCUUUAUCAUUCCCAGGAAUUAUUUUAUAGGUUUACAUUAAAUGUAGAGACACCACAGCCACCAUGAGAGAUAUACAGGCAGCUGUGAUGAUAUCUUUAUCUUAAUGACCCUGUCUGGUGUGCUGCUAACAGGCUGAGAAGAAUAGAUGGGGUAUCAGUGCGGGUAUCAAUGAUAGUAGAUUGUGUUAUUAUUUAUUUAUUUCUGUAUUUAAUGAAUCAAUGUACUAUUGUUUAUGAUAACGAAAUAAGAGGAUUAUUAACAUUUAAUAAUUAUUUAUCCAGAAUUGUAUGAUUACCUACUUUUGCCAAACAUGAUCAGAAAGUGAUUUCAAUUCAAAUGGCUGUUAUCAAAUGAAGGAUUUAAAGGUCGAUAUUGCAAUGAGAGAAAAAAGUCAGUAGUAUAGUCCCAUUGUGCUUGUGGUUUUCCUCUAAUACCACCAUAGUGCUGCUCCCGUGCUACUCUAAUAAACUGCUCAUGAUGUAUUCUCAUGAAAUAUUUUGUAACACUUGAAUCCUUCUAUUAAUACCCCUCCACACACACCCUGACAAACCAGUCAGCAGACUCUUUUGUAUGUAUAGUAAAACACUGAAAGCAAUAUGCUGUAAGAGUCCUAAAGAAGCCUUGUUUUGUAUUGUGUCAAUGUGGGUGCGCAGUUUUCCAGAGGGCUGAGGAUGCUUAAAGGUCACACCUGAGCUAAAAACGGGAUUCCAGAUCUUUUCUAUGUGCUUGACCGAUCUUGCCAGGCAUGAUGAAACCAUCGUAUACAUGGGACCUCAGUGCUCCCGGCGGGCAGAGACACAAAUGAAUCAUGUCUGGAAGGUUUUGUCUUUUUAUGUAUGUAGGGAUAGCAAAAAGAUAUUUGCCACAAACUGCUAGCCAUGCUUUCACUUUUAAAAAAGCUGUGCUUAUUCUCCUCCUCCUUUUUUUUGUCAUUGCCUUGCUGUCACAUUCUGAAAACUUUGAAAGGGCAGCUACCUGUCACACUGAAUAAAAUGUGCAGCCACUGUCCACAGUU